CAUGCGCGGCUGCCCUCACGCCGCCCUUCCCCCGCCCGCUGCGGCGGCCUGGCUCCGGAGGCGGCGGCGCAGGCGGCAAGAUGGCGCUCACCAGUUUUUUGCCAGCUCCAACUCAGCUGUCCCAAGACCAGCUAGAACUAGAAGAAAGAGCAAGAGCUCAAAGAUCAAGGCAGACUGCUCUAGUCUCUUCACGGAGGGAACCUCCCCCUUACGGGUACCGGAAAGGAUGGAUACCACGGGCACUAGAGGAUUUUGGAGAUGGGGGAGCUUUCCCAGAAAUUCAUGUGGCCCAGUACCCUUUGGAUAUGGGCCGGAAGAAGAAAAUGUCCAAUGCUUUGGCUGUUCAGGUGGAUGCAGAGGGAAAAAUAAAAUACGAUGCAAUUGCUCGACAAGGACAGUCGAAAGACAAGGUUAUUUACAGCAAAUACACAGACCUUGUGCCAAAAGAGGUCAUGAAUGUGGAUGAUCCUGAACUGCAAAGACCAGAUGAGGAGGCAAUUAGAGAGAUAACAGAGAAGACAAGAGCAGCCUUGGAGAAAUCAGUCUCCCAAAAAGUUGCAGCAGCCAUGCCAGUGCGAGCAGCUGACAAACUAGCUCCUGCACAGUACAUUCGGUACACACCGUCUCAGCAAGGUGUUGCCUUCAACUCUGGAGCAAAACAGAGAGUUAUUCGGAUGGUGGAAAUGCAGAAGGAUCCUAUGGAGCCUCCAAGAUUCAAAAUUAAUAAGAAGAUUCCACGGGGACCACCUUCUCCUCCAGCACCUGUAAUGCACUCUCCUAGUAGGAAGAUGACUGUGAAAGAGCAGCAGGAGUGGAAGAUUCCUCCAUGCAUUUCAAACUGGAAAAAUGCAAAGGGUUACACCAUUCCAUUAGAUAAGCGUCUGGCUGCAGAUGGCAGAGGAUUGCAGACUGUUCAUAUCAAUGAAAACUUUGCCAAGCUUGCUGAGGCUCUCUAUAUAGCUGACAGAAAGGCUCGUGAGGCAGUAGAGAUGCGUGCCCAAGUGGAGAGGAAGAUGGCUCAGAAAGAAAAGGAGAAACAUGAGGAAAAGCUCCGAGAAAUGGCUCAGAAGGCCAGGGAGAGAAGGGCAGGGAUCAAGACCCACGUCGAAAAAGAGGAUGGAGAAGCCAGAGAAAGAGAUGAAAUCAGACAUGACCGGCGCAAAGAGAGGCAGCAUGACAGAAAUCUUUCCAGGGCAGCCCCUGACAAAAGGUCAAAGCUGCAGAGAAAUGAGAACAGAGAUAUCAGUGAAGUUAUUGCCUUAGGGGUACCCAACCCCAGGCCAUCCAAUGAAAUCCAGUAUGACCAGAGGCUAUUCAACCAAAGCAAGGGUAUGGACAGUGGCUUUGCUGGAGGAGAGGAUGAAAUUUAUAAUGUUUAUGACCAGCCUUGGAGAAGUGGCAAGGAUAUGGCCCAAAACAUCUACAGACCCAGUAAAAAUCUGGAUAAGGACAUGUAUGGUGAUGAUCUGGAGGCUCGAAUAAAGACCAACAGGUUUGUUUCAGAAAAAGAGUUUACUAACUCUGACCGUAACACAAGAGGGAGAGGCAGAGAUGGACCGGUUCAAUUUGAAGAGGAUCCCUUUGGUUUGGACAAGUUUCUUGAAGAAGCCAAGCAACAUGGUGGUUCUAAACGGCCGUCAGAUAGCAGCCGUCCUAAAGAACACGAGCACGAGAGCAAAAAGAGGAGGAAGGACUGAAUGCCUCUGCUCCUUGAGAGGCAGACAAAUGGACUACACCCUUGGACUUGACAUAAGGCAUUUUUAGUACCACGUGUAUAAGGGGACAGCAUUAUAAUGCAGCAGUUCACCCCUCUUGUUAUGUGGAUGUAUAUACACCCACAAAAUUCACAUGGCACAGCUGCCCCUGGAGCGGAGAGGAAGAGAGACCACUUGGAAACAUUGCAAAAGAGAAUUAUUCUUUACCAAGUGCUCUGACUGUGACUCCCUGUUGCCCAGCAUCUUGGGGUAAAAAUGUAGCCCCUUCCUCCAGCUGUAGUGUUUGUGGGUAGCUUUCCUUCAUCUCUUAAAAGCUUGCCUGCUGUAUAUAGUUAGGGUCUUAGGUUGUAAUGGAUCCUAGGGAGUUUGAUCCAGUGUUCCUUUAUUGUGGCUGUACAGUUUGUUUGAAUAAGAAAGGGAAACAGCUGUAUUUGGUUUUAAAACAAAUAUUCAUAGUUUCUCAAUCUUUAUUUUUGUUUCUUUACAGUCAGUGAAAUAAAGCCUCCUUCCACUGCUCACUCA